AUGUUUCUACCGCUCGUCUUAAUUUUCUCUUCAUCACCGUUUUCUCUCGGACAAGCACCGUUACCUCUUGCUGUGAACACCUGGCCGUUUAAAAGUGCAUCCGCCGCAGCAUGGAGCGUCCUCCGGUCCGGGGGCUCGGUGUUGGACGCAGUAGAGAAAGGCUGUUCCCGCUGCGAACAGGAGCAGUGCGAUGGCAGUGUCGGCUUUGGCGGGAGCCCCGACGAGUCUGGAGAAACCACGCUGGACGCCAUGAUCAUGAACGGUAACACAAUGGAGGUGGGCGCAGUCGCUGACCUGAGGAGAAUCAAAAAUGCUAUUGGAGUAGCCAGAGCUGUGAUGGAGCGCACGGAGCACACGAUGCUCGUGGGAGAGUCAGCCUCGGUGUUUGCUGAAAACAUGGGCUUUGUAGCAGAAGACCUGACUACCAACACAUCUUUGAAUAUUUUCUCACAGUGGCUGAAGGGCAACUGCCAACCUAAUUAUCGGAAGAACGUCAGUCCAGAUUCUUCCAAGUCCUGCGGACCCUACAGGCCAGAGGCGGGACUAACGCAGAAGAGGGCGCGGCCUGUUAAUAUACACUCCCAUGACACCAUAGGGCUGAUUGCUCUGGAUGGAAAUGGUCAUGUUGCUGCUGGAACAUCAACCAAUGGACUAAAUCACAAAGUUCCAGGUCGUGUGGGGGACUCCCCGAUCAUCGGUGCGGGGGCCUAUGCAGACAGUUCAGCUGGUGCUGCUGCAGCUACAGGAGAUGGAGACAUCAUGAUGCGCUUUCUACCCAGUUACUUGGCCGUGGAGCUGAUGAGGGCCGGGGCUGAUCCCUCGGCAGCCUGCAAGUCGGCUAUUUCCAGAAUCAAGAGGCAUUACUCUGACUUCUUUGGAGCCAUAAUCUGUGCUAACAUAACAGGCCAUUAUGGUGCAGCGUGUAACAAAGCCCCCAGCCUCGCAGAGUUUCACUACAUGGUGUCAAACCCUCAGUCGGACACGCCGACACUCAAGUCUGUAGAUUGCUUUUAA